CUCUCACCGCACCCAUUACAAAUAAUAAUAAGUCACUAACACACUAACUAUCUCUCUAUCUUUCUUUAUUCUUUUUCUUUUUCUUAAUUGGCAGAGAAACAGUUACUCACACAAAGCGCAAUGGCCAGCGGAAGCGGCGAUGCCACUUCUGCUUCUGCGUCUUCUUCCUUCUCCAGUUUUAGCGCGUAUCUACACGCGCUCUCUCACACUCCUUCUCGCCUUGCUACCCGUGCCGUCUCAGUAUCCACCUCCUACGACGAGAUGACCCGCCUCCGCGCCCGAUCCGGCUCCCAUAUGCGCCGCACUCUCCGCUGGUACGACCUCGUCGCCCUCGGCGUCGGCGGCAUGGUUGGCGCCGGCGUCUUCGUCACCACCGGACGCGCCGCUCACCUCUACGCUGGUCCCGCCGUUGUCCUCUCCUACGCAAUUGCAGGCCUCUGCGCUCUUCUCUCCGCCUUCUGCUACACAGAGUUCGCCGUCGACAUGCCAGUGGCGGGCGGCGCCUUCAGCUACCUCCGCGUGACAUUCGGCGAAUUCGCGGCGUUCCUGACUGGAGCGAACCUCGUGAUGGACUACGUGAUGUCGAAUGCGGCCGUUGCUAGAGGUUUCACGUCUUACCUCGGCACCGCAAUCGGCAUCUCCUCCAGCAAGUGGAGGCUGACGGUGCCGUAUCUCCCUAAAGGCUUCAACCAGAUAGACCUGGUGGCUGUCGCCGUCGUUCUCCUCAUGACCCUCGUCAUCUGCUACAGCACCAGGGAGAGCUCAGUGGUGAAUAUAAUAUUGACGGCGUUACACAUUGUGUUCAUAGCAUUCGUGAUAGUGAUGGGGUUUUGGAGAGGAAGCUGGAAGAAUUUCACGGAGCCGAGUGAGCCGGAGAAGUAUCCGUCAGGAUUCUUUCCGCACGGUGCUUCGGGUGUGUUCGUGGGGGCUUCAGCGGUUUACAUGAGUUACAUUGGAUACGACGCCGUAUCGACGAUGGCUGAAGAAGUGAAGGAACCAGUGAAGGACAUACCGAUCGGUGUGUCAGGGUCGGUGGCUAUUGUCACUGUUCUCUAUUGCCUCAUGGCAGCAUCCAUGUCCAAACUUCUCCCAUACGACUUGAUCGAUGCGGAAGCGCCGUUUUCGGCGGCGUUCAGUGGGAAAUGGGUGUCGCGGGUGAUAGGAGUGGGGGCCAGCUUCGGGAUCUUGACGUCGCUGUUAGUUGCAAUGCUUGGUCAGGCCCGUUACAUGUGCGUCAUCGGACGGUCUGGCGUGGUCCCCACUUGGUUCGCCAGGGUCCACCCUAAAACUAACACCCCUGUCAACGCCUCCGCUUUUCUUGGUCAGUAUUCUUUCUUUACCUUCCCUUAAUACUUAAUACUUAUUACUACUAAAUAAGCCGUAAUUUCAUAUCAUCGUGAUAAUGUUGUGAUUCAUUUUAUUUAAUCAACGUGUCUGUGUGGCGUGCGUGAAUGGAUGUGGAUCCCAUUUGAGGACGUGAGUUGAUGAUUACUUAUUACGGAGGGAGAGUGGAGAUUGUGUUGGACCCACUAUCAUGAAAUUGGGUCUGGGAUUUUCGUGGUUAUGAUUUUGUUGCCUUGUGCUUGUGAUAAGAUCAAUAUCAUGUGAAUGGGACGUCAUUUUGUCUAAACAAACGAUGUUGGGGUUUUUUUCUUGUAUCUUUGGGUGCCAUAUAAUUCAAUUCAGGAUAUUUGGCUGGUCCCUUUCUGAUGGAUGGUUAGAGUUAGAGCAUUCUUUUCACAUAGUGUAUAAUAUUAUAAUGUGGUUUAAGUUAAGCAUGAUUUGAUGUUUAAUUAAUACAAUCAGAUGCUAAUGAAGGAGUGGUAGUGUGGAAAUAACGCUACCAAGAAAAUGCGAGUGAAAACAAGUACAUUAAUAAUAUAAAUUGAGAGAAUAAAGAGAGAUAUGGGAUAGUUGGUUCAAAGUGGCGUUACUUUUGGGUUUUGCCAUACUGUAAAGGCAAGGCAAGGGGGCUGUAAUACCUAUAGCACUGCCAUGUUUUGCUAUACCUCGUAGUCGUAGUUAUAGAGCAUGGUCCCCACGCCAUGAAAUCAUCAUCAUGUAUUUUGGUAACAGUAUCUUGACCGGAUAGGGAUUGAACGAUUAUGACAACUGUUGCAAUCCUGUACAUGGAUGUGGACAAUGACAAGUUGACAACCCUCCCUUAUUAAUUUCAACUCGUGAGAAAAGAACAAUAAUGCAUUUUCCCAAUGGAUGAUAAUAAUUAGUGGUCUCCAUUGAUUCCAUGUCCACUAUUGAACCCAGUAUUAUAUUCUUCUUGAUUGGAAUCAUUGACCGAUCAUUAGCCUUACCCCUCUAGCUAGUUUAAAGUUAAUCAUGGAUUUCCAUAAUUUUAUAUGCCUUUCUAGUAGUGCAUUUUGACUUAUCUAAACUGCAAUUAUACGCAUUAUAGU